GGGAGGGAGCCAAUGACUCCAGCGCUCUCCUAGGGGGCCCUGCGUGUGUGUUUUAGAAGAACAAAAAAGAGAGAGAGGGAAGAAGUGGGGGGGACAGAGAGAGGGAGGGAGAGGCGACGAGGGUCUCCGCUGCUCGGGAGGCAGAUCUCGGCGGCCCCCCAAGCCCGGGGGGCGGAAGAAGGAGGAGGAGUGAAGUCGGGGGGCUCUACCCUAGGUGGACGCCUCUGCCCCCAGGAGCCUCGCCGGCCCUUCUGCAAGCACCGAGGGCUUCGCUUGGUGUGGAUUUGCUGAGGCUGCUCCGCCGGACCGCCGAGGAGGAUUUGGGGCGCCUUUUCUUCCCGAACGGCGGCGGCGGCGACGGUGCUUCUUCUCAUGCGCCUGCUGCAGUGCUGCUGCUGUUGCUGCUGCUCCCGCCGCCGCGUUUCUCUCGGGCUGGGAUCUUGAGUACCGAGCCAAGCCAUGCGCGGCGCCGCCAGCCUGCUCCUUGCCCCGGGGGCCGGCCAGCCUCUAACUUGGGAAGGCGUCGGGGCAACUUUUUAAAAGGCGCCUGAACCAUACGCAAAGCAAGGACCGCGGCGUCGAGGGUUUGCAAGGGCGAAAAAGAAAAAGCUUGGGUUUUUUUUUGUUUUUUUGUUUGCUUGCGCGCUUCUUCGUGGAAGGGCUCCCUCCUCUUUCCUCGCGAGGAAGGUCCGACUUGCUCGCAGGGAGGGGGGCCAGCAAGCCUUCCCCGUCCCCUCCUGGCUCUCGGGGCUCCAUGUAGGGCCGAGGGGGCGGGCUGCGGCGGAUCCCCCGCUCGCCAGGACGCCGGCCUGCGGGGCUCCACUCUAUGCCAUUGCUGCCUCCUUCCCCCAUGUGGCUGCCCGGCCGGCGCUUCUGGGCGAGUGGCUGGGCCGGGCGGGCGAGGAGCCCCCGCGGUUGCUCCGGGAGCCGGCGCCGCUGCCGUCGUGGCUGGGUCUCCUUCAUGCGGCCCUCGUUUGGGAGGAUCUGACCCGGAGCCAGGAAAGGCCAGCAGCUCCGCGGCCGGGCGAAGCGUAUGUUCAGGUCCAAACGGGCAGGGCUUGUGCGGCGACUUUGGAGAAGCCGGGUCCUCCCCGACAGAGAAGGCGUCGGAGGAGGGGGAGGAGGAGGAGAUGGUGGCGGCGGCUCCACCGGCAGUAUCACCGGCAGCCUCAGGAAGAGCCAUGAGCGAGGGGGCAGCGACGGCAGGAGCCCGGAGAAGCUCCCUGCGAGCGGCAGGCGAGCAGUGACUGGCGGAGGCGCCGUCGAGGAGCCGUGCGCUUUGGAGAGGUCCAUGGCGCACGGCGAGGGCGACCCUCCGGCGCCCCCCGAGGUGGAAGAGGAGGCAGCGGCCGUAGCAGCAGCAGCAGCGCGGGAGGACGCCGAGGAUGGCGGCCCGGACGGGGACAGCCCGUGGUGGGCGCAGGAGAGCGACGGCAUGACCGUCACCUGCUGCCUCUUCAAGGAGAGGGACGCCGACGCUGACGCCGUCUCGCCCCGGCCCCGGGAGCUGCCAGCCCGGGAAGGGCGCUCCAGGCUCUCUCUGCUGGAGCAGGAGCUCAAGGCCGUCACGUACUCACUCCUGAAACGCCUCAAGGAGCGCUCCCUCGACAGCCUCCUCGAAGCCGUCGAGUCCCGCGGCGGGAUGCCCAGUGACUGUGUCCUUGUCUCCCGCGCCGAGGUGCGCCUGGGCGGUCAGGCAGCUCCUCCGCACCUCCUGCUGGGGAAGCUCUUCCGCUGGCCGGACCUCCAGCACCCGGCCGAGCUGAAACCCCUGUGCGAGUGCGGCAGCUUCGGCCUCCCCGACGGCCCCACGGUGUGCUGCAACCCCUAUCACUUCAGCAGGCUGUGCGGGCCAGAAUCUCCACCCCCUCCUUAUUCCCGGCUGUCUCCAAAUGAUGAGCAAAAGCCACUGGAUCUUUCAGAUUCCACAUUGUCGUACACUGAAACAGAGGCUACAAACUCGCCCAAUGUCACCCCUGGAGAAUUUUCAGAUGCCACCAUGUCCCCUGACGCAAUUAAGCAAAGCCAUUGGUGCAACGUCGCCUACUGGGAGCACCGGACGCGGGUCGGGCGCCUCUACACCGUGUACGAACAGUCCGUCAGUAUCUUCUAUGACCUACCUCAAGGAAACGGCUUCUGCCUGGGACAGCUGCAGCUGGAGAACAGGAACGAGACUGUCCGCCGGACUCGAAGUAAGAUUGGAUAUGGGAUUUUGCUCAGCAAGGAGCAGGACGGCGUGUGGGCCUACAACCGUAGCGAGCACCCCAUCUUCGUCAACUCCCCAACACUGGACAUUCCCAACUGUCGGACUCUCAUUGUGCGCAAAGUGAUGCCUGGCUACUCGAUCAAGGUCUUCGACUACGAGAAGUCUUGCCUCUUGCAGCACGCCACGGACUUGGGGUACCCCGACGGACCUUUCGACCCCAACAGCGUCCGGAUCAGCUUUGCAAAAGGCUGGGGACCUUCUUACUCCAGACAGUUCAUCACCUCCUGUCCCUGCUGGCUGGAGAUUUUGCUCAACAACCACAGAUAGCCGCUCCAGCCUUGGAGGAGGAGGAGGAGGAGGAGAGCCGAGCGGGACACGAGACUUAUCCCCAAAUAUCAUCUACCUAGAUUUAAUAUAAAGUUUUAUAUAUUAUAUGAAAAUAUAUAUUAUACUUGUAAUUAUGGAGUCAUUUUUACAAUGUAAUUAUUUAUGUAUGGUGCAAUGUGUAUAUGGACAAAAAAUGGAAAAUGCACUUUGGCUUAGAGGUCUUUCAAUACAGUUGUGUUUGUUUUUAAGGAGGAAAAGAAUUAUACAGCAAAAAUUGGAAGUAGCGCCAUGUUUGGGCUGUAUAGUUUUUUAUAUUAAAAAAAAUAGUAAUACCCAGG